AUGAGAAUAUAUUUGAUAUUUUUCGUUGUGGGAUUAGCAGCUGCACAGACUGUAACACGAGAGGAAAAACUGAAGAAACUAACAGAAUAUAUAAAAAAAUGUCAAGCCGAAUACGGAUUAUCGAAUGAAUUCAUUGAAGAAAUAGGUUCGAAACAUGAACGCGAUCCGAAGAAAGCAGGUCAAUUUUCGUUUUGUUUUACAUCGAAAAUUGGAAUUCUGAAAGAAACUGGGGAAUUAGACGAAGCUAAUACCAAAGAAUUCUUCAGACUCUUCAACGUAGAUGAAGACAAUAUACAAAAGAUUCUAUCCGAAUGUAAGGCUCCAGCCAACAACACUCCCGAAGAGGCAGCUUUGUCUUUUAUACAAUGUUUAGAAAGCGGUUUAUUAUAA